AAAUAGAUGAACUAAUAAUGCCAGUUCAACCGAUUCAAGACGAAAAUAUGAAUCAAGAAAUAGAUGAACUAAUAAUGCCAGUUCAACCGAUUCAAGACGAAAAUAUGAAUCAAGAAAUAGAUGAAGAAAUGGGUAUACUAGACAUAAUUAAUAAAAUAAACCAAAUAAAAAUCGAAUAUAUAAAUAAAUGA